AAAUUUGCCGACUGGUUUUAGUUGCCCGCCAUGGUAGCGGCGACCACCUUGUGGAGCAGGGCGCUGGUCUGAACCUUUCCGGGAAUUUAUAAUAAGAAGCACCUCGACUAGCAAUCGCUUCCCAUGGGGACUGGUUAAUUGUUGGUUGAUUUACCAAACGGAGGAUUUACAAAACUUAUUUGACUGCCCUCAAAAAUAAAAUUGUGAAAGGCGGUAGCUGUGUAGACUUUUGUUUAGAAGACAGUUACAAGAUUUCCAGUUCUCGGUGUCUAAUCUUAUCGUAUUUAAUUGACUUUUAGAUAAUGUUUAUACGAUUAAGUCUUUCUGACACUUAAAUUAAAUAAUAUAUAUAUAUGUUAUUAAUUUUUUUUUUUUACUUUUUUUGUUGGUCUAGAAAUCAGUAGCUCUUAUUCUAAAACAGACGCGCCGCAUCUGGACACGGGCCUCUUUUUACAGCGUGCCAUUUAUUUUGAACCUCGUUCCGGUGGAAUAUUAACAUCAGCCACGAAAUCGGGGCUCAUUUGCCGAAGACAGACUCCCAGCCGCCGUCCCCAGGCGCACGGUGCUCCGGCCCGACGCCCUCCUCUCCGCUAUUAUUCGGCAGCCUUUUAAAGGGAGGCGCCGCCUGAUUGGACGCGCCGGGGUCACGUGGUGCCUGGCCGCCUGGUCCCGUCGAUGUGAGCCGAGGCUGGCGGCGGUCUGGCUGCGCUCUGCUCCCGGUCGGCGCGCUGCUCUUAUAACCACAAAAGCCUCGACCGUUUUUACUGAGGAGCCUUUUUUUCCCUCCUGAUCAUGGGCGACAAGAAAAGCCCGACGAGGCCGAAAAGACAAGCCAAACCCUCGGCGGACGACGGCUUUUGGGACUGUAGCGUGUGCACCUUCAAGAACAGCGCUGAAGCGUUCAAGUGCAGCAUCUGCGAUGUGCGGAAGGGCACUUCCACCAGGAAGCCCAGGAUCAACUCCCAACUGGUAGCGCAGCAGGUGGCCCAGCAGUACGCCAGCCCCCCGCCACCCAAGAAGGAGAGGAGGGAGAGGGCUGAGAAGGAGCGGCCCGAGGUGGAGAGGGUGGAGCGUGUGCGUCCGGACGGCGAGCCGCCCUCCGAAAAGGAGACCCUUGAGAAGGAAAAGGAGAAGCCAGACCAGGAGAAGGACGUCAGCCCUACAGUCACAAGGAAGCCCAGCAGCAAGAAGACCAAACCCAAGUCAGAUAUUCAUCAAAGUCCACGCAGUGAAGUGAACAGCAUCCAGUCUGGAAAUUCGACAGCCAAGACCAACGGCUCCUCACACGUUUCAAGCAGGCCCAAACUGAAGAACGUGGAUCGGAGUACCGCCCAGCAGCUGGCCAUUACCGUGGGCAACGUCACUGUCAUCAUCACGGACUUUAAGGAGAAGACGCGCUCAUCCUCCACAUCGUCAUCCACAGUGACGUCCAGCGUGGCCUCGGAGCAACAGCACCAGAGCUCAGGCUCUGAGAGCAUGGACAAGAGCUCCUCUCGGGCCUCCACCCCCAAAGGACAUCUCACCGUGGGGCACGAUGAGUCCUUUUGAGUCCCCUACCUGCAGCUCCAUGGAGAAUAUCAGAUUCCAGAGAGGAGUGUGAAUUUUCAGAAUCUCCUGCCCCCCACAUGCCCCCACUUUCUUUCCACGAUGUUGAGGAUCUGAGCUCCUGGGACAUGGUUGCACACAAAGCUGACAGGUGCUUUUUCAUGGGACCUGGGCUCCGGAUGCCAGUGUGAGGCCAGCAGGAAUCCAACCCUGUAUGUAUUCCUUUGGUUUCUAUGUUUAAGUGGACAUUUGCUGAAUUGACGUUUUUAAGAAAUAUCUAUAUAUAAACACACAUAGAUAUUUGUAAAAUCUGCGCUGAAGUUUCCACCAACAUUUUAACAAUAUUGACGCAUCAUUAUUCCUAUUUAUUUGUCUCUUAUCUGUGUACUUCUAAAAUCUCGAUUUUACUUCACUGAGACUUUUAAACGCGGCUUGGCUCAUGUUCUCCGUUGUAUAGAUGGAUGAUUUGUGAAAUUGUCCGAGCUCUCCGAACACCUCCAGCACUGGUGCUAUGUACACUGUGAAACCAUUUUACUUCUGGGGCUUCACCUGGAUACGCAGUAUCCUCGUCUUAUCACCGCUUGGAGCACAGAGGCUUCCUUCCGAGGUCGGAUUAUGCUGCAAUCGUACGGAGAGACUGAAGUGAGGGCCCUUUCUCUAUGGGCGUCGCCUCAACGUCGUCCUGGUAUGUAAUGUGUGUUGGAGCUUUGGCAAACAAAACCUAAAGAUUUGUGUGAUGCAAAAUGUGGCUUAUAGAUUAAUUGUGCUCCUUAGUGCAUCAAAGAACAACACUAUAAGGUUUUUAUUUUAUUUUCACUCUUAUUUUGACCUGCGUUUGAUUUUUAUUUAUAAGAUUAAGCCGGAUUGACUGAACUUUUGGAGAAAAUUAGAAGUUUGGUGGAUUUCAAACUUCUGUUGAAAUGGUCUUUAAAAUAACCUGGGUGUAUAAUGUAGGCAGUGGAUUUCUGGAGGUUUAAAUGAUCAGUAAAAUUAGCAGGGGUGCCCAAACUUAAUCUCAGUACAUGCUGGGUUUUGUUCCAGCCUAUCGCCUAAUUACCUUCCGUCAACUGUUGCAUGAAAGAAUCAUAGGACUCAACUUUCCAUGAAUAUUCAUUAUACACUUUCCAUAGUUUGAAUGAAAUGGUUUAAAUAAUUACAGGUUACUGUUCACCAGUUCAUUGGGUUAACCUGGCACUCAGUCAUGCUUCCACUGUGGUUCCAAAUGAUAAUUUCUGUCAUCACUACUUAUCACCAUUACAGCUGUUUCUCCACUAACAUCCAUUCAGUAGGAUGUGACCCAAAAGCGACCAAGUCAUGUUAUCAGUGACUACCAGUGACAACAAAUCAGCUGCUUAAUCACUGCAGUCUAGGCAGGAACCGAAAUUCAGGAUACAUUCGGAUUGAAGGAAUCGAGGCUGCCCCAGACAUGUUACAGCUGUACAGAAAUCAACAUGCUAAUUGGUCGUUCUUUUAGUGGUGCUAUGGAUUUACGGAAAAAGGAUAUUAUUAGGUGAUUGAGAAUUUAGCUUUGUAAUAAUGAAAUGCAUUUAAGUACAUUAGUAAAGGCAAUUUAUGUAAAAAUAGUAAAUGAAAACUACAAUAAUUGUACCAAUAAUAAUGUUCUAAGGUGCUAUUCUUGGUACUCAUUCUACUAAAACCAUUUGAUGGACUAAAAGUAAAUGAGAUCGAUAAAAUUACAUUGACUUGAGCCCCCUCCCCAUCACUGUCCAUAGGAAGCAGCACUUAUGUGUAGGUCAAAAUCCUAUGGAAAAGUAAUGGAAGGUCAGCACAUCUCCUUUCCACGUAAUAUGGAACUUGUGAAAAGAAUAAACAUGUAUGUGAUAUCUUAGUUGUAUUUAUUGAUGGACCAAAGGAAUUUGAUAUUGACACACUAAAUAAAAUUUGAAAUAUUAUCAAAUGUGUGAUAUAUAAAAAAUAGACUAAUAUAAUUCAUGUAAAUUGUCAUUUUGGUUCAGUCCAAGACAAUUUCAUUUGGACUGUGAGAUCCAGCCUACAUCUUUCAUAUAAAAUGUCACAACGUUCUUGUCGAAGGCCAACGUUUUGCACUUUCGUGGCACGUCUGUGCAGAGAGCCGCCCAGUCAUGGUGUCGGAGGCUCACCUUGGAGAGCCCUUAUGCGAGUGCCGACUAAAAAUAGGUCGUAAAAGCAGGUCCAGGAGGACUACAGUGUUCUCCCCCCCCCCACCCCCACAUA